AUGGAGAGAGAGAAUGACGAGAGUACCACCCCUCGCGCGCGAGCAACCGGGGCGACCGGUCGGUUGGUUCGGCCCAUAGUUCAUAGUAAGCAGAUGGUGGCUGGGCGCGAGGUGCUGCCAGCAGGGGGCGCGUGUCCACUUCCGCAGGGGUCGCGGCGGCGGCAGCGGCGGCGAAUGGCACCAGAUCCGGUUUCGAUUUUCGACGAAGUCGUGAAUGACCUGCAUUUUCGUAUUAUUUACGAAGUAGUGCUGCUGCUGCAGCGGCGGCUAGCAAACGGCGAUCGUGCGACUAGCGGGCGACGUGAGAGAGGCGGCGACGGCGGCAGCGGCAGCGACGGCGUGAGUCGCCCGUGCGUAUUUGAUUCUUCUUCCGCCAGCCAGUCAGUCAGUCAGGCCUGCCAGCCAGUCAGCGAAAGCGGCGCACAGCAUGGCAUGCAGGCCGUGUGUUUAGUGUUGGUGGUGGCAGUGGUGAGAAUCGUCGUCGUUGUUUGUGGUUAAGUGCCUCCUCGCUCAUCUCCUCUUCAUUGGUUGGUCGACAUCGCGAUGGAAUCGAUUAGUGGCAACGUGUUCGCCGCCGAGCGCAUUCGCAAGCAACGCAACCGCAAGGGUCAAGUCGAAUAUCUGAUCAAAUGGAAGGGAUGGAGCUCAAAAUGGGACUCGUGGGAACCGAGCGAAAACAUUCUCGAUCACAGACUGAUCCAUGACUUCCAUCGGCGCAUGGACCGUGUUCAGAGCCGUCGGAAGCGGCCGAGACGCGGCGCCUAUUCUCCGGCCAAGAAGCGUGAAACCGUAAGGGCGGCCGCAGCUUCAGUCGUUGCUGCCUCCUGUCAAGAACAGACACCACUGUCCACGUCGCGAAAACCGCCGCCGCCACAUCAGUCGUUGGACGACUCGGACGACGGCGCAGAGACCCAUGCUGCAGCUGGAGCGGUCAGUGAUGACGUCAGCGACAGUCGGGAAGAGUCCCCUGUCGCCGUGCACCGUAAUCGUAAAAUAUCACCGCUCGUCAUCUCCAUCAACAACCUACCCAAAGGGACCAGUAAUCGUGUUCUCAGCGAUGAUGACGAUGAGGAGGGUUACGAGGACGAUGAAGACGAGGAGGGCGUCAGCAUGUGCGAAGAAGGCACGACCGAUCCGGCGCCGUCUGGUGGCGGCGACACUUUUCACGAACGGUCGCCCUCCCCUCCGCAACUGUCACCUCACGGAGCGUUGUCGGAAGCGGGGAAUGAACAGUCGCCCUUUUCUCGGGGUUCUGAAAGUCUCUUGCUCGGGGUAGUCGCUAAAGACUCCGCAUCGGCUGUCGGGCAGGGCACAGAGCCUAACGCGGCGCUUCCUCUCCGCAGGGUAGUCUGUAACGAUCAGUUUCAGUACGCCGACUGUACCCUGACGGAUGUCCGAAUCAAUGACCGUACUGUAACCUUCGUAGAGUUGUGA